AUGGCCGACAACCCGGAAGAGCCAUCGCAAAAUGCGCUGGCCUCAACAUUCCCUAACCCGCCGCCUUUCUGGAGGGACUUCACGCCCGAGAAAUUAGCCCGCAUAGGAGAGCUGCGCAAGGCACAAGCAGAGAAGGACGGCGUUGCUAUCAAGGACUUGCCAGCUCGCAUACCAGACAUCCCCGAAGGUCUCAUAAAUCUUCAACCACCGGCCGAGCCGCCAGCGGGAACUUGGAAAGUCUUGGGCGGGAACUAUACCCUCGAUGACAAGCUUCCUUCUCUCGAAGAAGGCGAAAUCAGGCGAUUGGUGCCGGCGCAUUCAGAGGAGAAGGACGGAAAGCAUCUCGAUCGAGCAUUCGAGCUCAAAAAGAUGACCAAGUCUCUUCUCUUGAACUUUCUCGAGCUCGUUGCCGUCAUGGCUACGGUGCCGGACGACGCUGCCACGAAAAUCGAAGACUUGCGCACCCUCUUCAUCAACUUUCAUCACGUCCUCAACGAAUACCGACCCCAUCAAGCACGCGAAUCGGCAAUCGCACUGAUGCAAUCCAAUCUCGAUCGUACAAGGGCAGAGACGGCAGCGAUUCGAGCACAGGUGGAUAAGGCCAAGCGGGUUCUCGAGGGAUUGGGAAGCCUUGACACUCCAAAGGUUCCAGAAAUUGUCAGCUCAGUCGUUGAUGGCGAGCUGACCCAUACGGAGGCGGAGACUUUUGCCAAGACGAGAGAACAAGAAGUAUGGGGAGAGGCGGAUGCCCUGUUUCUCUAG